AUGAGCAGACGCAAUCGCAAGGAUGUCGACGAUCUACUCGCAGAUCUCGACAAUCUCGGGACCGAGUCACCCACCAGACCCCCUCGCAAAUCUGCCGACAAGUCCACGUCGGGUACUGGAUCCAACGACGGCAAGGCACCCGAUGACGCGCAAAGCCUGCUCGACGAUCUCGACAGUCUAGUGCAGAGCAGGGCUGCAUCCAGCAGUAGGGCCUCGCUGCGGAAGAAGGACGAGAGCGCAGCACCAUCAUCGGUAGCAUCUGCAGUGGCCCCGGUGAAGACCGAGACGGAGCAGCCGACGUCGUCAGUGGUCUCAGAGACUCCUGCCGCCGCAAAUGCGAUGAAGUCAGACCAGCCAGCACAGACAGCAGACACAAACUUGUCUGCAUCAGCGUCGGGUUCUGGCGGUGGAUGGUCAGGCUGGGGAAGCUCGCUCUUCUCCCAAGCCACCAAAUUUGCGGAUCAAGCGCGACAGGAGUUCGAAAAACGCGCACCGACACAAGCUGAGCAAGCUCGUGAACUCGGCUCCAAGGGCUGGGACCUGGCCAAAGGCGUUCGCGGAUUCGUCAAGGAGGCCAACCUGGAGAAAUGGAGCGAAGAAGUGACGAAAGUGGGCAAGCGAGGCUGGACGGAUAUCGUCAACGCUGUGGCACCGCCGAUCGCAGCUCACGAGAUCAUUCAGGUCACGCUGAGCCACGAUAUGGUCGGAUACGAUGGGAUCUCGGACGUCACGUAUCAGGUGCUGGCAAAAGUCAUGGAGCAAGUGGAUUCGGACGCUACGGAGCAGCAGUUGAUCGUCAACAAGGCGCAGAUCGAAACGCCGGCUUCCAAACCCAAGACGGCAACGACGGGUGGAGAGCAAGAUCGUGACUUGAAUGCCGUGGAAGGAUUCGCGGCCGCUUUCAAGUUGGCGAAAGUCAACUUGGACGAGUGCAUCAAACAGCACGAGGUGGCAGCUCCACCCGCAAGAGUGACGGCGGAUGCGUUGCCUAUCACGACGUGUCCCGUGUUCGUACGCAUCCAGGCAUGUCUCGCUGAUCUCCCCGGAGAUGCGGAAGCGGGUGCUGUUGGGAGCUCGACGGACUCCAACAAGUCGCUCUUCUUUUUGAUCCUGCUCAGAGACCCGCAGCACGGGCUCAGUCACAAGACGGUUUCUCAGGCUGUUCCUACUUCUUGGCUCGAUGUACCCUUUGAGGAGAACCAAUGGGUCGAAGAGUCGCUCGUCGAUGUCCUGUCGAAUGCGCUCAGCAUCGUUGGUCAGGAUUAUGUUCAGGGCCGAAUGUCUGGUCGCACCAAGUCCUCCAAAGAAGGGCUUGCCGAUGUGACUAGUGACAAGGCGGCGGAAGGCACCGUUUGA